GCUCUAUCUCGUCGCCGCCCGACCGCCUCGCUAACCUCGUCAGAGGGGACAGAGCCAUGCCCCACCCCGCGGCGCCUCGCUCCCCUCGUCUCCCCUACCCCGUCCUCCACUCGCGCCGCUCCCCACUCCUCUUCCCCUCCUCCAGAUCCCCUCCUCCCUCGCCCGAUGCUGCCGUCGACGUGCGUCGCUCAAUCCCGCGGCCACCGGCACCCCCGAGCGUCGAGGCUUCGUCUAUGGGGUGCACCGCCAUCUCCUACGUCAUCCUCGGCCAAUGGAUGAACCCGGGGUGGUCUGCAUCGCCAGCAUCGACCCCAUCCCCAAUCACCGGCCGUCGCCCUGCCUCACCGAAUCUCCUCGCCGGAGACUCCCCGACCUCUGCAAGCUCAUCCACGGCCUCCCCAGGAUGACGAAUCCCAGGAGCCAGACGAUGCCACUGAUGACUACUACUACCCCGAGGGUGCCUAC